CCGCCCCGCCCCCGCGUGGGUCCCGGGAGACUAGAUCCCGCGCUGCAGUGGCUGGAGCAGCGGUUCGGAGCUUUCAAGGAGAUAGAAACCAUGACUCCUUUGUGGCAGGGCUCCUUCUCUGAAGUGCASUCCAUCAACCGUGCCUCCCUGGACUGACAUGCAAACUCAAGGAGAGGUCACCUAUGGGAGAGUCCAGCGUGGCCUGGCACACAAGCUCAGCACGCAGCAGACACCCCAAGAACUAGCUGGCUGGCCUCUGGCCCCCACCAUGCAGCCCCAGUCUGUUCUGCACAGUGGCUACUUCCACCCCCUGCUUCGGACCUGGCAGACAGCCGCCACCACCCUCAGUGCUUCCAACUUCAUUUACCCCAUCUUUGUCACGGAUGUUCCUGAUGACGUACAACCUAUUGCCAGCCUGCCAGGAGUGGCCAGGUAUGGUGUGAACCGGCUGGAAGAGAUGCUGAAGCCCCUGGUGGAAGAGGGCCUGCGCUGUGUCCUCGUCUUUGGUGUCCCCAGCAGAGUCCCCAAGGAUGAGAGGGGCUCUGCAGCCGACUCCGAGGAGUCCCCAACUAUCGAGGCAGUCCGUCUGUUGAGAAAGACCUUCCCCAGCCUCUUGGUGGCCUGUGACGUCUGCCUGUGCCCCUACACCUCCCAUGGUCACUGUGGGCUCCUGAGUGAGAAUGGAGCAUUCAAGGCCGAGGAAAGCCGCCAGCGACUGGCAGAGGUGGCACUGGCCUAUGCCAAGGCAGGAUGUCAGGUAGUAGCACCGUCGGACAUGAUGGACGGACGAGUGGAAGCCAUCAAGGACGCCCUGCUGGCACAUGGACUUGGCAACAGGGUAUCAGUGAUGAGCUACAGUGCCAAAUUUGCUUCCUGUUUCUAUGGGCCUUUCCGGGACGCUGCUCAGUCAAGCCCAGCUUUUGGAGACCGCCGCUGCUACCAGCUGCCCCCUGGAGCCCGGGGCCUGGCCCUCCGAGCAGUGGACCGGGACGUACGGGAAGGAGCCGACAUGCUCAUGGUGAAGCCGGGGAUGCCCUACCUGGACAUCGUGCGGGAGGUGAAGGACAAGCACCCCCAGCUCCCCCUCGCUGUGUACCACGUGUCUGGGGAGUUCGCCAUGCUGUGGCACGGAGCCCGGGCUGGGGCAUUUGAUCUCAAGGCUGCCGUGUUGGAGGCCAUGACAGCCUUCCGCAGAGCAGGUGCUGACAUCAUCAUCACCUACUACACACCUCAGCUCCUGCAGUGGCUGAAGGAGUGAGUAACCAGUGUGCAGGACCCAAGAUCUAGAACUUGAGAAGGCUCCCAGGGCCUUGGAGAAGUGAAAACCAAAGUAAAGGCUGCUUUUAGAACUGU